AUGCAGAAGGUACCAGCAACUCAAUUUCAUCCCAUUGUCAAACCCUGGCCAUUCAGAGGGUGGGCUCUUGAUCUAAUUGGAAAGAUGACCCCUCCGUCGGCCCAAGGGCACCCGUUCGUGAUUGCGGCAACAGAUUACUUCACCAAGUGGGUGAAAGCUGUGCCAAUGAAGUCGGUCAGCCAGGUCGAUGUGAUUAAGUUUGUCAAGCAUGAAUUAAUACAUCAUUUUGGUCUGCCAGAGACCUUGACUUGUGACAAUGGGUCAGUUUUCUCUAGAGGGGAAGUAUCUCAGUUUACGCAAGAGUAUGGGAUAACGGUUACCUUUUUAACACCCUAUUAUGCACAGGGUAACAGCCAGGCGGAGGCAAGUAACAAGAUCAUCAAAGCAAACCUGUCCAAGGUAAUUGAUGAUAACCCAAGGACUUGGGCAGAGAUGUUGUCAGAGGUGCUAUGGGCGUUCAGGACCUCAAAGAGGGCAGCAACAGGAAUGACCCCUUAUGCACUGACAUUUGGUCAUGAUGCUAUCUUGCCAAUGGAGGUGAUUGUGAAGUCUUUGGGGGUGGCAAAGCAUUUCGAUAUGCCCCUAGGGCAGUAUAGGGACUCCAUGAUGGCCGAGCUCGAUGACCUGGAUGAGGAACGUCUCCUGGCCCUUGACCGGGUGCAGGCUCAGAAGGCGAAAGUGGCCAAGGCCUAUAACAAGACGGUUAGGUCUAAAACAUUCGUUGAGUCUGACCUAGUGUUAAAAGCUGUGUUGCCAAUUGGGCACAAGGACCCUAAGUUUGGGAAGUGGUCGCCCACCUGGGAAGGACCGUUCGUUGUGCAUCAGGUCUUAAAGGGUGGAGCCUACCAUUUGAAAACAAUCGACGGACAAGUGCAGUUAAGGCCAUUGAAUGGCAAAUUCUUAAAGAUGUACCACCCAACAAUGUGGGAGGUUAUGCAGUUAUAA